UAGCUACGAAUUUAUAAAUCUCGUGAUAAUUGAAUACUUUCCCCACCGGCGCGUUCUGCUGCUCCGUCGAUCCAUGGCGAGCGCUGCCGCCCAUCCCGACGACUCCCGCCUAGGGUUCGGAAAGAUGGAGUUCGGGUGCAUCCACUACAGGAGGCGAUGCAAGAUCCGAGCCCCUUGUUGCAACGAGGUUUUCAAUUGCCGCCACUGCCACAAUGAAACCGCCAGACACGAACUUUGCCGUCAGGAUGUCCAGCAAGUUAUUUGCUUGGUCUGCGACACCGAGCAGCCGGUUGGACAAGCGUGCUCUAACUGCGGGGUCAAUAUGGGGGAAUAUUACUGUGAUGUGUGCAAAUUCUUUGACGAUGAUGUGGAAAAGGGUCAAUAUCACUGCAAUGAUUGUGGAAUCUGUAGAGUUGGAGGUAGAGAGAAUUUCUUCCACUGCAAGAAGUGUGGAUCUUGCUACUCAACUGAAUUACUCAAUAAGCAUUUUUGCAUAGAGAAUUCAAUGAGGCACAAUUGUCCCAUCUGUUAUGAGUAUCUUUUCGAUUCAUUGAAAGAGACAAGAGUUCUAAAUUGCGGGCACACCCUUCAUAUGGACUGUUAUAGUGAGAUGUUGACACAUAAUAAAUACUCUUGUCCAGUAUGCUCUAAGUCAGUUUGCGACAUGUCAAAGUACUGGAAAAAAUUAGACGAAGAGAUAGCAACAACGAUCAUGCCUGACGAGUAUCGCUACAAGGUUUGGAUUCUUUGCAAUGACUGUAACGAUGUUUCGGAAGUGCUGUUCCACAUCGUAGGACACAAGUGCAACCACUGCAAAUCCUACAACACCAGGACAAUCUCUACUCCACCUGUUCCUGCUCUGUAGCCUCUCCUUCCUCAUCAUAAGCACGAAGAAUUUAAGAACAUUUAUUCAAGGAAUUUUAUCCCUUGAUACAAAUCAGAAGAGGCCAUUCCUUUAUUCUGCCUCCACAUUGAAACUACUUCUGUUUGAAUUUGAUUCCUUUUUUUUAAAAGAAAAAAGGAUUAAUUUUAUAUUUUCAUUACUAA